CCAAACCCUUCUUCCUUUCUUCUUCCUCACUCGCCCUCCAACCCAAACCAACCUCCACGCCCUCUACUGCGCGCCCGCUGCUUCCGUCCAGCUUCCACGCACUCGCAAAGCAUCGCUUGCCUCUCAAUCACACCCUCGACAUCGCCCCUCCCACAAUCAUGCCUGCUGAAACUUUCGAGUUCCAGGCCGAGAUCUCUCAGCUCCUCGGCCUGAUCAUCAACACCGUCUACUCAAACAAGGAGAUCUUCCUGCGGGAACUGAUUUCCAACUGCUCCGAUGCCCUUGAUAAGAUCCGAUAUGAGGCCCUCUCUGACCCCAGCAAGCUGGACAGUGGCAAGGACCUCCGCAUCGACAUCAUCCCCGACAAGGAGAACAAGACAAUCACAAUCCGGGACACCGGUAUCGGCAUGACCAAGGCUGAUUUGGUGAACAAUCUCGGCACCAUCGCCCGUUCGGGCACCAAGCAGUUCAUGGAGGCCCUCACCGCCGGUGCCGACGUGUCCAUGAUUGGCCAGUUUGGUGUCGGUUUCUACUCCGCCUACCUCGUCGCCGACCGAGUUACUGUUGUCUCCAAGCACAACGAUGACGAGCAAUACAUCUGGGAGUCGAGUGCCGGUGGCAGCUUCACCAUCGCACAAGACACCGAUGGCGAGCCGCUAGGCCGCGGUUCUAAGAUCAUCCUCCACCUCAAGGAUGAGCAGAUGGACUACCUCAACGAGAGCAAGAUCAAGGAGGUUGUCAAGAAGCACUCCGAGUUUAUCUCGUACCCGAUCUACCUACACGUUCUCAAGGAGACCGAGAAGGAGGUCGAGGACGACGAGGCUGAGGAGAAGGAAGAGGAUGAGGACAAGAAGGCCAAGAUCGAGGAGGUCGAUGACGAGGAAGAAGAAAAGAAGGAGAAGAAGACCAAGAAGGUCAAGGAAUCCAAGAUCGAGGAGGAGGAACUCAACAAGACCAAGCCAAUCUGGACCCGAAACCCCCAGGACAUCACCCAGGAGGAGUACGCCUCUUUCUACAAGUCCCUCUCCAACGACUGGGAAGACCAUCUUGCCGUCAAGCACUUCUCCGUUGAGGGUCAGCUCGAGUUCCGCGCCAUUCUUUUCGUUCCCAAGCGGGCACCCUUCGACCUUUUCGAGACUAAGAAGACCAAGAACAACAUCAAGUUGUACGUCCGCCGUGUCUUCAUUACUGAUGAUGCUACGGAUCUCAUUCCCGAGUGGCUCAGCUUCGUCAAGGGCGUUGUUGACUCCGAGGAUCUGCCGCUGAACCUGUCUCGUGAGACUCUUCAGCAGAACAAGAUCAUGAAGGUCAUCCGCAAGAACGUUGUCAAGAAGACCCUAGAGCUGUUCAACGAGAUCGCCGAAGACCGUGAGCAGUUCGACAAGUUCUACACUGCUUUCAGCAAGAACAUCAAGCUCGGUAUUCACGAGGACUCCCAGAACCGUCAAGCCCUGGCCAAGCUCCUCCGAUUCAACUCGACCAAGUCUGGCGACGAGAUCACCUCGCUUGCUGACUACAUCACCCGCAUGCCUGAGCACCAGAAGAACAUGUACUACAUCACUGGCGAGUCGCUCAAGGCCGUGCAGAAGUCUCCUUUCCUGGACUCCCUCAAGGAGAAGGGAUUCGAGGUCCUGUUCCUUGUCGACCCGAUCGACGAGUACGCCAUGACCCAGCUCAAGGAGUUCGAUGGCAAGAAGCUGGUCGACAUCACCAAGGACUUCGAGCUUGAGGAGACCGAAGAGGAGAAGGCUGCCCGUGAGGCCGAGGAGAAGGAAUACGAAGGCCUUGCCAAGAGCCUGAAGAACGUCCUCGGCGAGCGCGUCGAGAAAGUCAUCAUCAGCCACAAGCUGAUCGGCUCCCCGUGUGCCAUCCGUACCGGCCAAUUCGGUUGGUCUGCCAACAUGGAGCGUAUCAUGAAGGCGCAGGCUCUCCGUGAUACUUCAAUGAGCUCGUACAUGUCGUCGAAGAAGACUUUCGAAAUCUCUCCCAAGUCUCCCAUCAUUAAGGAGUUGAAGCGCAAGGUUGAGGCCGACGGCGAGGAGGACCGCACUGUCAAGUCCAUCACCCUCCUUCUGUUCGAGACCUCACUUCUCGUUUCCGGCUUCACCAUCGACGAGCCCGUCCAGUAUGCUGAGCGCAUUCACAAGCUCGUCUCUCUCGGCCUGAACGUGGACGAGGAGGUUGAGACUACGGAUGAGGCGAAGGCGGACGACGCUGCUCCUGCUGAGGCUGCCGGCGAGAGCGCAAUGGAGGAGGUUGACUAGACGCAUCGAUCGGUACAAAAGUUGGUUUGGCGCUAUGAUUCCCCCUCCACAGCUCCUCAUGUGUUAUGUCUCCCUUUUUCUCAUGCCCUUCAUCCCUUUCAUUUCUGAACUAGUAAUGAUGCGAUAGAUGCGGCGGAUGCAUCUUUUGGUCUGGAUCAGAAGGCGUCUCAUUGCUGACCUGGGGAUGAUUGGAGGGUUUCAAAUCUGUGUACUCUAUGAGUCCUUUACCUGCCAUUAGAUGGGUUAUCCUUCGGUAGUUUCUGGAAAAUG